GGUAAUGUUAUUUGUUUUAUUACUUAUUAUUGAUUUGUCAAAACAUUAUGUGUAAGACCUUGUCAAAAUUGCUUACAUACAAUUGUGAGGAUUAUAAGUUAUUUAUUACGACUAAAGCAACGAGACAGCAUAGUCAGUUUUCGGUGUUCUCUGAGAAUGGUGUCUGGAAUAGAAACAAGAACGUUAUUUUUAUUACUAUUAUUGAACAGCGGCUUAUUAUUUAUUGGCGCUUCUACUGUCAACGAAAAUUUGAGAAAUGAUUGCAGCAUUGGACUUAAUUAUCGUUUGCCGAACCAUGUAAUACCGAAGCUUUAUUACGUUAAAUUAUGGAGACCUAACGAAAUAGGCAAUCGAAUCCGUUCUUUCUCCAACGAGAUUAAGAUUAAGAUAAAUAUUCUUGAGCCAACGCAAAAUAUAAGUUUACAUGCGCAUCACUACUUAAAAAUUCAUCAAUCCAUGCUGACGAAGAAAAGUGAUAUGAACGUUUACAAACCAUUAAAAUAUAAAUAUUGCAAUAAAACGGAAAUUAUGACUUUAUAUUUUGAAUCUACAUUGUCAAGAGGGAAUUAUACUUUGGAUAUAAAUUUUAAUAAUGAUUUAAUGAUGGAUGCUUUCUAUUUCUCGACUGAUAUAAAGGAAGGAGAAAUAAAUGAGGGGCCGUUGUUUGUCUCAUCUUUCAACGCAGUUGGAGCACGACGAAUGUUUCCAUGUUGGGACGAGCCAAAAUUUACGGCCGCAUUUCACAUUUCAGUAUGCCAUGGUAGCAAUUAUAUGGUUGCAUCGAAUACGCUGCUACACAAACGAUAUCCAGAUAAAAAUAAUACAGAAUGGUUAUGGUCAGUCUUCGAAACUACUCCUAAAAUGCCCACUUAUCUCCUAGCAGUUAUGUAUUAUCCCGACAAUGGCGAAAGGGAUAUAAGGAAGAGUCCCUAUAUAUGGGGUAGAGAACAUCUAGACCCAUACGUACAAUUUGCGGUAGAUGUUAAGUCGAAGGUCAAUGAACAUUUUACAGGUUACAGUUUGAAUGUUUUUUACCCACCUGGCAAUUUGGAGAUGAUAUUAUACGCAUUAGACACACUGAAUGUUCUAAUCCCGGGUUAUCUAUACGAUGACAUAGACAAUAAUUGGUGGCUCGUUUUUUAUAGAGAAAUAGAUUUCAUAUAUGAUGAAGAAAUAGAUCCUGUUGCUCACAAAACAAAAGUAGCGUAUUUAAUAGCACGUAAAUUGGCGCACCAAUGGUUUUGUAAUCUGGUCAGUCCAUCUUGGUGGUCUGACCUCUGGCUGAAUGAAGGUGUUGCUAUAUUAUUCGCAAUAGAUGCUGUCGAUAAGAUUCUCAUAAAUUCCCAGAUGUUGGAUUUAUUCGUGGUGCAAGUCCAACAUGAUUCUCUUUAUUUGGAUAGUUCUCAAUUUAGCUAUCAAUUUAUGCUGCCUCUUAUAUCACGAAUUAAUAAUAUGUCAGAAAUUAAUUCACUUUCUUUUUCCCGUUACAUUAAAGCACCUGCAAUAAUGCGCAUGUUACAACUUAUAAUAACAAAAGAAGUAUUUCAACAUGGUAUCAGCAUAUAUCUACGUAGAAACAUGCUUAAAUCGGCAACUCUGGACGAUUUCUGGACCGCCAUGCAAACUGCAUUAGAUGAAUCAUUAGUAAAAGAUUAUUCAUUUAAUGUAUCAGAAAAAAUGGAUGCUUGGUUAAAAUAUCGACAUUAUCCUGUUAUAAAUGUAAAACAAGAUAAUUCUACACAUGUAACAGUAUCGCUAACAAAAUCCUCUAUGAAUUCUUGGUGGAUACCUGUAACCAUUACCACUGAGACUAUACCCUAUUUUGAAGACGCUUUUAUUCUUGACGGAAAGUGGAUAAAUCCACACAAUUUUAAUUGCACAUUUUCCUUGCUGUAUGAAGAAUAUGGUUGGAUCAUAGCCAAUAUAAAACAAUUUGGAUAUUAUCGCGUCAAUUAUGAUUAUGAGAAUUGGCAAAAAAUUGCGAAUUAUCUAAGUUCUCCAAAAUAUUCAGAGAUACAUGUUCUAAAUCGUGCUCAAAUUAUCGAUGAUGCAUUUUAUUUUGUCACAAUAAAAAAGCUUAGACCCGCUAUGUUUUGGAAACUCGCGUACUAUCUAUCGCAAGAAAAAGAAUACAUAGCAUGGUAUCCUAUGAUAAAAGCGAUUGAACGUAUGUCGUGUAUCUUCCCACUUGCAGAUAUACAUAACAUCAAGAGAAAAAUAAUGUAUAUAUUGGAUGCUCUUCUUAAAGAAAUAACUUACGUGGAAGAUUCUAACGAUAGUGAUAAUAUAAAAACUUUAAGACAAGAAAGUGUCAAAUGGGCAUGCAUUCUCGGUCUUAAUGAUUGUAUCUCUAUGGCCAAACAGACAUUUUAUCGGCAUCUGUUAAAUCCUAAAGAGCAUAAAAUUUUGCCAUCAUGGAAAGAAUGGACAUACUGUAAUGGUCUUAAAGGGGCAAAAAGUCAUGUAUUUUGGUCAAAAGUAAUUAAUUUAUGGAAAACUACACAUGAUAAUAAUAUUUUGAAAUCCUUAACUUGCAUUAAACAGAAAGAAGUGUCUAAUAUGCUUAUCUACUUGGCAUUACAUAAAAAACAUGAAAUUUUCGCAUUAAGUGUUAAAGACCGUAUUAAUCUUUAUUUUAUUAUUAUUGCAAAACAUAUAAAGAAUAAUAAAAUGUUAUUAGAGAACAUAUUAAAGAAGUUUGAAAUUUUGAAACCGAGGGAAGUCAGUACAACUACAGCAUUAACUCACAUAAUUAAUCAUGUGUAUUCUAAGGAUCAACUUGAGAAGAUAAAAAAAUUUGUGGACAAGAUCAUAAAACAACAAAGUUCAGACUUUCACCAUAAGCUAGAACUACGCAGGUCUCAAAUCAAGCAGCUGAAAAACUAUUUUUCGUAUUUUAAAAUUUGACAAUAUUCACAAAAAUGAAUGAUCAAUCAAGCAAAGAUAAUAACUACAAUGCUCUUAUGUUUGUAUUUAUCUAUAUAAUUAUAUAGAAGAUUUAUAUA